AUGGCGUCUAAAGGUCAAAGGUCUAAGGUUGAUCAUGAUUAUAAAGUUAAACGGCCGAAGGCUCUUGAAGCUCCGAAGGAUCCUAGACGACCCAAAACUCAUUGGGACCAUGUCUUAGAAGAGAUGGUGUGGCUAUCAAAGGAUUUCGAGUCAGAGAGGAAAUGGAAAUUAGCUCAGGCGAAGAAAGUUUCUUUAAAAGCCAGCAAAGGCAUGUUAGAUCAGGCUACAAGAGGUGAAAAGAAAAUGAAGGAAGAAGAGCAGCGAUUAAGAAAAGUUGCACUGAAUAUUUCUAAGGAUGUUAAGAAAUUUUGGACAAAAAUAGAAAAGCUGGUUCUUUACAAGCAUCAAAUGGAACUCGAUGAGAAGAAAAAAAAGGCACUUGACAAACAGCUUGAGUUUCUUUUAGGGCAAACUGAGAGAUACUCAACUAUGUUGGCCGAGAAUCUUGUGGAUGCUCAUACACCAGCUGAGAAAAUUUCUGCAGAGCAUCACACAGGUAUUCAAUGCAAAGAUAUAGAUGGAGACAUCAUCAAUGAACCUCAGGAAGCUAAUGUUGAGUAUCAAUCCAACACACCUGAUCAUGAUGAAGAAUAUGAUGUACAAUCUGAUGAUGUAUCGGAUGAUGAUGAGCAAACCCUCGAAGAAGAUGAGGCUCUUAUAACUAAAGAAGAAAGGCAAGAGGAAUUGGCAGCUUUGCACAAUGAAAUGGAUCUUCCAAUUGAGGAGUUACUCAAACGUUAUGCUGGAGAUAAAGGAGAAUUGGCAAGGCAUGAAAGUAGUCCGGAUGGUAGUGAAGAUGGUGAAAAAGUAGUUAGAACUGAUGGUGAUGAUGGUCAGGAAGAAUCAGUAUUGGAAAAUGGAGAUCAUAUAUCUAUAAGCAAAAUAGGUACAAGCAACUUCGGCAUGGUCCCUGGUCGACGUUGUGAUGACAAUAAUGGUGAUGUAGCUACACCAACAAACAAUCUAUCUCAAAACGAGGAUCAUCAAUUUGGAAGUCUUAAAGAGGUUUCUAGUGAGGCAGCCAAUGAAAGUGUUCCAUUUGACUUUUCUGAUGAAGAGGAAGACGGUGACUUUUUGUUUGGCACAGAGGAUAAGGAUGAUGAAACAACCUUAUCUGAGGAAGAAAAACUGGACAGAGUUGAUGCAGUUGAUCCAAAAGAUGAGAUUGCAUUACUACAAAAAGAGAGUAACAUGUCGGUUGAGGAACUACUUGCAAGGUAUAAGAAGGACCUGAGUGAUGAUGGGGAUCAGGAAGAUGAGUCUGAUUAUGAUUCUGCUUCAUCAGAUGACCAUCAGAAUUUACCGGUCCAUGUCGAUGAUGAUGCUGAGCAGAAAGUUCCUGCUGUUUCUGUGGGUGAAGAUAUGAAGUCUGGCGAGCAACUGGCUGCCGUACAGACCCAGGCAGAAGAGCAGGGGGAAGGACCUUGUGAAAAUUCAGAGGAAAGAGAAAGUGAGGAUAUAAUUGCUGAUGCAGCUGCUGCUGCAAGAUCAGCACAGCCAACUGGAAACACCUUCUCCACAACUAAAGUGCGUACAAAAUCCCCCUUUCUACUCAAGUACACUCUUCGUGAAUAUCAACAUAUUGGAUUGGAUUGGCUCGUAACAAUGUAUGAAAAAAAGCUGAAUGGAAUUCUAGCAGAUGAAAUGGGGCUUGGAAAAACGAUAAUGACUAUAGCUUUGCUUGCACAUCUUGCUUGUGAAAAGGGGAUUUGGGGUCCACAUCUAAUUGUAGUGCCAACUAGUGUGAUGCUUAACUGGGAGACUGAAUUUCUGAAAUGGUGUCCUGCUUUUAAAAUUUUGACCUAUUUUGGAAGCGCAAAGGAGCGAAAACAUAAAAGACAAGGAUGGUUAAAACCAAACUCAUUUCACGUAUGCAUAACAACAUAUAGAUUAGUUAUUCAGGAUUCCAAAGUUUUCAAGCGCAAAAAGUGGAAAUACUUGAUCUUAGAUGAAGCUCACCUCAUUAAAAACUGGAAAUCACAAAGGUGGCAGACACUGUUGAAUUUCAAUUCAAAACGACGAAUUCUGUUGACUGGUACACCGCUACAGAAUGAUCUCAUGGAACUGUGGUCUCUCAUGCAUUUCUUGAUGCCCCAUGUUUUCCAGUCACACCAAGAGUUUAAGGAUUGGUUUAGUAAUCCUAUAUCAGGGAUGGUAGAGGGAGAGGAAAAAGUUAAUAAGGAGGUUGUUGAUCGCCUGCAUAAUGUCCUUCGUCCAUUCUUACUCCGUCGGUUAAAGAGAGAUGUAGAAAAGCAACUUCCCAUGAAAAUUGAGCAUGUCAUAUACUGUAGGCUGUCAAAGAGGCAGAGGAAUUUGUAUGAGGAUUUUAUUGCUAGCUCAGAGACACAAGCUACUCUUGCAAAUGCCAAUUUUUUUGGGAUGAUCAGUAUUAUCAUGCAACUUCGCAAGGUUUGUAAUCAUCCUGACCUAUUUGAGGGUCGUCCAAUCGUCAGUUCUUUUGAUAUGUGUGGGAUUGAUGUUCAGUUAAGUUCUUCUAUUUGCUCCAUGCUUUUGCCUAGUUCCUUUUCAACAGUUGACUUAGAAAGUUUGGGUCUUUUAUUUACUCAUCUUGACUAUAGCAUGACUUCUUGGGAGAGUGAUGAAGUGCAAUCUAUUGAGACCCCUGCAACUUUAAUUAUGGAACGCACUGAUAUAGCUGAUCUGGAAGUAAUUAAGCCUGGACUGAAGUGUCAGAAAAAGCAGCAAGGAACAAACAUUUUCGAAGAGAUUCGAAAAGCAAUUUGGGAAGAGAGAAUAUCACAGGCAAAGGAACGCGCAGCAGCUAUUGCAUGGUGGAACUCCUUGAGGUGUAAAAAACGACCCAUCUACUCAACAACUCUAAGAGACCUUGUUACCAUAAGGCAUCCUGUAUAUGAUAUUUAUCAAAAGGCAAACCCUGUUUCAUACUUGUUCCCAUCAAAACUGGCUGACAUUGUUCUCUCCCCAGUUGAACGGUUUCAAAGGACGAUUGAUGUGGUUGAAAGUUUCAUGUUUGCCAUUCCUGCCGCCCGAGCUUCCCCUCCUGUUUGCUGGUGCAGUAAAAGGGAGACAACUGUGUUUCUGAACCCAUCUUACAAGCAGCGAUGCUCUGAUAUUCUGUCACCACUAUUGUCACCAAUCAGGCCCGCAAUUGUCCGUCGUCAAGUAUAUUUCCCAGAUAGGCGACUUAUACAAUUCGACUGUGGAAAACUACAGAAGCUAGCAAUUUUGCUGAGGAGAUUAAAAUCAGAAGGUCACCGAGCUCUGAUAUUCACUCAGAUGACUAAGAUGCUUGACAUAUUAGAAGCGUUUAUUAAUUUGUAUGGUUAUACUUACAUGCGCUUAGAUGGAUCAACCCAACCAGAGGAGAGGCAGACCUUAAUGCAGCGCUUUAACACAAACCCCAAAUUUUUUCUUUUCAUCUUGUCAACUCGUAGUGGGGGUGUUGGUAUCAAUCUAGUUGGUGCUGACACAGUUAUUUUUUAUGAUAGUGACUGGAAUCCUGCUAUGGAUCAACAGGCUCAAGAUCGGUGCCACAGAAUUGGUCAGACACGUGAAGUGCAUAUAUAUCGAUUGAUUAGUGAAAGCACCAUUGAGGAGAAUAUUUUGAAGAAAGCAAAGCAAAAGCGUGCACUUGAUGAUUUAGUUAUACAAAGUGGGGGUUAUAAUACCGAGUUCUUCAAAAAGCUUGAUCCAAUGGAACUAUUUUCAGGUCAUAGAACACUUUCAAUUAAAGACAUGCCGAAGGAGAAAAACCAGAACAGGGGAGAAGGUUCUGUUACUAAUGCAGAUGUGGAAGCUGCAUUAAAACAUGUAGAAGAUGAGGCAGAUUAUAUGGCACUGAAGAAAGUUGAACUGGAAGAAGCUGUGGAUAAUCAGGAAUUUACAGAAGAAGCCAGUGGGAGACUUGAAGAGGAUGAAUAUGCAAAUGAGGAUGACGAGCCUCAAGAAUUAGGCGAAUCUGUUUCCAAUUUGAAUAAAGAGGAUGCAUUAAUGUUAAAUGGAGGUGAUCCUAAGGAAGAUAAACCACCCUCUGUUGUUGCCAAAGAAGAUGUUGACAUGCUGGCAGAUGUGAACCAGAUGGCAGAAGCUGCAGCUGCAGCUGGGCAGGCGUUAUCAGCAUUUGAGAGUGAGCUACGCCCUAUCGACCGAUAUGCCAUUCGUUUUCUAGAGCUGUGGGAUCCAAUUAUAGAUAAAGCAGCCUUGGAAUCUGAAGUCAGAAUUGAGGAUACUGAAUGGGAAUUGGAUCGCAUUGAAAGGUAUAAGGAGGAAAUGGAAGCCGAAAUUGACGAAGAUGAGGAGCCUCUUGUAUAUGAAAGCUGGGAUGCAGAUUUUGCAACGACGGCUUAUCGGCAGCAAGUAGAGGCCUUGGCUCAACAUCAGUUAAUGGAAGAACUUGAAUAUGAAGCUAAACUGAAAGAGGAAGCUGAAGAAGAGAAAAACAGGACUCAAACACCAAAUGAUUCGAAGCUCAAGCCUAAAAAGAAACCCAAGAAAGCAAAGUUCAAAUCUCUGAAGAAAGGAUCUUUAACCUCUAGCUUAAGAACUGUGAAAGAUGAGUUACGAGCAGUGCCAAUGGCCAUAGAUGAUGACGCUACCACUAGUCUUGAUUUCGUGACGCCAAGUUCAAGUAGACAUAAAAAACGCAAGAAGUCUAAAUUAACAACUGAUGGUGAAGAAGAAAAGAGAUUUAAGAAGUCCAAAAAGUACAAGAGGGAUCCUCUUGAGAUUUAUGAUUCAGAUUUAGAAUCCAAUUCAAUAGAUAUGCAGGAUGAACAUGCAGAAUCAGACCCAUGUAAAAGUCUGGUUGUGCUGGAACAUAAAACAGUUGGUAGGAAUAAGAUGGGAGGAAAAAUAUCCAUCACUCAAAUGCCUGUGAAACGGGUCUUUAUGAUAAAAUCCGAAAAAUUGAAGAAGGGAAAUAUUUGGUACAAAGAUUGUAUUCCAUCAGCUGAUUUUUGGCUGCCUCAGGAGGAUGCAAUAUUAUGUGCAGUUGUUCAUGAAUAUGGUCCUAACUGGAGCUUUGUUAGUGAAAUGCUUUAUGGAAUGACUGCUGGUGGGGCAUAUAGGGGGAGAUAUCGUCAUCCUGUCCAUUGCUGUGAGAGGUUCAGAGAAUUGUUCCAAAAAUAUGUCUUGUUCUCCUUGGACAAUGCAAAUCAUGAGAAAAUCAACAGCACAUGCUCUGGAAAGGCUCUUAAAGUAACAGAGGAUAACAUUCAAAUGUUGUUGGAUGUUGCUUCUGAACAGGCAAAUAGAGAGUUAUUACUGCAGAAGCACUUUUUUGCAUUGCUUUCUUCUGCCCGGAAGGUGGCGUCACAUGUUGGCCACAGACAAAAUCUGCACACCACUAGCAAUGGUCUCUAUUUUGACCAGACUUUCUUCACUUCAAUUGGCCAGCAUUCACAAUAUCCCCUAAACAAACCCUCCGAAAGGACGACUUUUGCUAAUUCGACCCAGAGCAAGAAAUUACUGGCAGCUGCACUGGAAGACAUGAGUAGGCCAGAAAAUGACAAAACAUUUCUCUCUAACCCGGGUGAAGGCAUGCCGGUGAGUGCAGAUCAGCUGGAUAUUACCCUGGAGUUCCCGAAAGAGGAAAGUGAUUCCUCAUCCUCAUUUCCAUCUGUUAUAAAGUUAUCAAUAAAAGGGGAUGAAGCACCACCAUCUUUAAAUAAGCACACAAGAGAUGAUCAUCUUAAAAGUUGUUUUUCUGCUGCUGAGAAUCGUUUCAGGGAGGUAACAAGAGCUUGUGAAGAAGACAGAUCUGGAUGGGCUUCAUCAACAUUCCCAACAAAUGAUGCAAGGUCUCGACCUGGAUCCAGGGUACAAUCUUCUGGAAAGCAAAAGUCUUCCAUUUCAGAUGUUACUAAGCCGUCUAGGGGAAAGACCAGAAGAGCUUCAGUGGAAUCUAGUGAAAUGCAUCGCCGUCAAGCUGAACCAUUAUUCCCGUCAAUUCCAUUGCUUCCUGAAUUGGCGUUGGAUCUCCCUUCAUCUUCUAUGAAUGAGUUUGAGUUUAAUACGGAUAGAAAUCUCCCCUUUGAUUUGAAUGAAGAAAGUUCAUUGGAAAGGGAAAAUGUUGGAGUCAUCCCACAUGAUUAUAUAGCUGAGUUAAUCUCAGGCCUUGAUGAUUGUACAACAUUCCCUGAAUAUACUGAUGUUAGAUAA